AUGCUUUUGGGUAUGCUUCCCGGAAUCGACGAGAUGAUAAAUUAUUUGGCAAGUCAAGGGCCAGAUGCAACUCUCUCAUCUUGGAAAGAAAGAAUACCACCCGCUGCCUUGGUUCUGUUGCGAUGGAUUGUUGCGUCAAAUAGAUCAUAUAUCGUCCAGGAUAACAGCAACCCUGAGCACUUGGUCAGUGAUAUGAAAGACUAUGUCCAAUUUCGCCUGGUUCAGGGUGCCCCGGAUAAAGAACAACGUUUCACCAGAGCAGUCAACGCGAAAUCAAUGACCGGGAGACCUCAGCACCCAACCAUUUUCGCGUGGCAUGGUAGUCCACUGUAUAACUGGCAUAGUAUCUUGCGGAAAGGGCUUCAUUUCAAAGACACGGUGAAUGGGCGCUCCUAUGGACAUGGCGUUUAUAUGUCUUCAAAUUUCAGAGUUUCAUUGGGCUACACAAGACCAUCUCAGUGGUGCUCGAACUGGCCUCAAAGCCGUCUCACCCUGUCAUCCAUAAUUUCCCUGAACGAGAUCGUCAAUGCUCCGGAUGAGUUUAAGUGCAGCGAGCCGUUUUAUGUCGUGCACCGGCUUGACUGGAUCCAGCCCAGAUACCUUUUCGUUGGGCUCAAAAGGUCUGAGAAUGACAGCACACCCUCAAGCCCUUCCCUUCCUUGGGUUAAUGAUACGAAGAAAAGAGUAUCACCCGCUGUUUCUACCUUUUAUGCGCAGGACCCUCAACAUACUGCCCAUGGGCCAUCGGGAGCAGCCAUUAAAAUUCCAAUGUCGGCGAUUCGCGGUAAGAGACGAGAAGCGCUUGCUUUGAAUGAGAGCGCACAGAAAACUACCUUAAAGAAAAAGGGGAAAAAGAAGACCAGCAGCGCCGUGUCUUCACUUCAAUCAAAUGCCGAUGAUAGUGACGAGCUUCAAAGUGUGGCGACGGACAUCGAGGAUCUCAAAAUCCUUCUCUCCGAUUCGGACGUUGAAAUGAUCGACGUACCUGAGAAGAGAACGCGGGCGAAGAAUGUCAUUCGACACUUUACUCCGAAGAAAACCGUCAAGGGAAAGGAGGUCGCCAAACAUGUCCCUCCUGCCACCGACUUCAUCCCAGGGUCUUUGACCGAGGGUAAUUUACCGAUUAUGGCACCACCGCAGUACGCCACCACCUUCGCAACCAAGGUCCUUCAGAAACAACUUAAAACAACGGUCGAGGUCCAGCAAGAAGAGCCCCUGCAUGAGCUCGGCUGGUUCGUGGACCCUACCUUGACAUCUGGCAACCUCUACCAGUGGAUUGUGGAACUCCACAGCUUCGAGAAGGCACUUCCUCUUGCUAAGGAUCUCAAGGCUGCGAAGCUCACCAGUGUCAUUCUUGAACUCCGCUUCCCACCCAACUACCCGAUAGACCCUCCCUUCGUCCGCGUCAUUCGACCCCGCUUCCUAGAAUUUCAAGCCGGUGGCGGCGGUCAUAUCACCCCGGGAGGUGCCAUGUGCAUGGAACUCCUGACUAGCACUGGCUGGUCGGCUGUUACCUGCAUAGAAAGUCUACUUCUACAGAUUCGUCUCGCUAUCACCAGCAUGGACCCACGACCCGCUCGUCUCUCCCAGCGCCGCAAAUUCCAAGAUUACACUGUGAGUGAGGCCGUUGAGUCCUACAAGCGCGCUUGUAACAUGCACGGGUGGAAGGUCCCCCAGGAUUUGGAGUUGAUGCGCUGGUGA